AUGCAGUUCUCCUCCAUCUUCUCAUUCGGCAUCCUUGCCGCUGGCGUUACCGCCAGACUUCACUACCAAGGCUUCUGCGUCAAGAACAGAUCUGAAUCUCCCGUUGGCGGCAGUGGCUGGAGUGUCAGCUACACCUGGAGCAAGAACUACGAGAUCAUGCCUGACGCGACCAAAUGCGCCUGUAAUUUCUACAAGAACCGCAACACUGGCAAUGAGAAGUGGGAUCAGUGCCCCGACUGCACCUUUGAUGGUCUUUCCUGCAACUCUGCUGCCCAGCACAUUGGAGGUGACGAGUUGGAAUACUACUGCAGCAACAAGUGUGGCGCUGAGGGAUCCGAGGCCGACUAA